CGACGACCAUAUCGAUGCGAUUCUUCCGUUUCGCUCCUCCAUAAAAGAGAAGAGAGAAAACGAACCGUCGCGAGCACGUCGCUUCUAACCUCCCAGUAAACACUUUUUAAUCACCAUUAAAGAAACAGUGCUUCGAGCCCCACAUAUACACCGUGUCGUUGGUUAGUUCGCCGAGCUCCUCGCAACGUUGCGUUUGAAACUAAUUAGUGAUAAUGGAAUUUUUAAUUGGAUGAAUAAGCGAGCUAGACAUCGGACUGUGGUCGGUCACCACCAGUUGAGGUUUAGUUCAUUAACUAUAUACAUCACUUACUUAUAUCGUUGAAUGAAUUCGUGAGUUAUUUUUCAUAGUUAAUCACUGUGAGAACAAGUCUUUUCACUUUCACCAUUUCCAAGAAGUGAAGUGGUUAUCGAUCACCCGUGGUGUGUGAAAAUUGAUGAUGUGUGAGUGGUUGAUGAAAAUAGAUAUUAUUCCGUUAUCCUUUCUUAGUGUCGAUAGAAAUUGCGGGGGACUCUUCAAGCAGUGGGUUUACCAACUGGAGUAACGAUGAGGGAAAAGAAGAGUGGGGCACUAUCUCGAAUGCAAAAAUUGAGAAAAAGACUGUCACAUUCAUUUGGACGUUUGUCUGUGUCCAAAGAAGAACAAGAGGACCAACAACACGGGAAACUUCCUUACAAUGGAUACAGUGAUGAGUUCCUGGACAGAUUGGAGCCGAAUGGUAAUAUUCCAGCUGGUAAAGGUGAUAUUAGAUAUGAAUGGAAUAACAUGGGAGGACACGAUAGGGUAAAACGUCAACUUUCCGUAUCAUCCGAUAGUAAAUUACUUGAUGAUGAUAUAAGGGAAGAAACGAGGGUGAUUAUGAGACCGAAGAAACCUCCCAGACCGAAAUCGGAGGUUUUGCUUAAUCAGGGAGGCGAUCACCGUCGAAUGAAAAGGUUUUCCGCUUUCGGGGGUGAUUCGCCAUAUGGAAAAUCAGAAGCGUACAUCAAAUUAGAACAAUUAGGAGAAGGAUCUUAUGCAACCGUGUACAAAGGAUAUAGCACUUUAAAAAAUCAAGUGGUUGCAUUAAAAGAAAUUAGACUGCAGGAAGAAGAAGGAGCCCCAUUUACCGCGAUCAGAGAGGCUUCUUUAUUAAAGGAGUUAAAACACGCCAACAUAGUCACAUUGCACGAUAUCGUACACACCAACGAAACAUUAACAUUUGUCUUCGAAUAUGUUCAUACAGAUUUAUCACAGUACCUGGAACGACACGGGCGCGGACUGGAUCCGCGUAACGUAAAACUAUUUCUCUUCCAACUCCUAAGGGGAUUGGCGUAUUGUCACAAACGCAGGGUGCUACAUAGGGACGUUAAACCACAGAAUCUAUUAAUAAGCGAAAUGGGCGAAUUGAAGCUGGCCGAUUUCGGUUUGGCUCGGGCGAAAUCCGUUCCGAGUCAUACUUAUUCGCACGAAGUGGUUACUUUAUGGUAUCGACCGCCGGAUGUUUUACUAGGAAGCACCGAGUACUCUACCUCUUUGGAUAUGUGGGGCGUUGGAUGUAUUUUUGUUGAGAUGAUUAUAGGAACGGCGAUUUUUCCAGGAUUACGUGAUACUUAUGAUCAACUAGAUAAAAUAUUUAAGGUGCUUGGAACUCCAACAGAAGAAGAUUGGCCUGGAGUAACAAGAUUACCAGGUUAUAAAGCACAUAAAUUAGGUAAAUACCAACCUCGUAAGUUAGGUUUGUACUGGCCAAGAUUACACGACGUGGUUCAAGGUGAAACAAUGGCCACAGCGUUAUUACAACUCGAUCCUCAGCAUAGAAUCGGUGCGGAUCAAGCGAUGACUCACCAAUAUUUUAGCGGAUUACCAAAGAAGCUACUCGAGCUUCCCGAUGAUGUAUCAAUAUUUAGUGUGGAAGGUGUCCAUUUGUACCCAGAACACUACUCGGGCAUCAAAUGAGGCCUAAAUUCGGGACGUCCCUUCUCAGGAAUAAUACACAACUAAAACGACCAGUCGCGUCUGGACACCUUCUUCCCCCUAAUUAUUAAAAAAUGAAAAAAGUAAUAAAGAAACCCCGGCACACACGCUUGUUACACAAAAACAAAAUACAUCUGAUCCCACCAGCAAUUCAUUCACACACACGUAGUUAAAGAAAAGGAUCGAUCUUUAAAAAGAUAUGAAAAAAAAAAAUAAUAGGUUUUUAAAUUAAAACGAAAAAUAAUUGCGAAACUGAUAGAAUAACGUCGGUUUUCGAUAAAAGAAGUGUACCUUUUUCCUUUACGCUUGAUUAAGCGUAAUGGUAUAUUUCUCAAAUAGUAAUAAGAUCAAAAAAAAAAUUUAUAACAUACUUUAAAUGGUUACGUUACGUGUUUUUGUUUUGCACCAAAAAAUUUAUGUUAAAUUAUGUUUUGACGGUUAUUUUUAGAUUAUUUCAAAAUUUUUUUUGCGUACGUGCCAUUUUCUUAAAGACUUAAUAUUUUUGUUUUUCUUUAAUUCCAAAAAGUUGUUAAAAUAAAGUUUUAUUUAAAUUAAU